AUGACAGAUGCACAAAUCGAAAACAAAUUUAAAUUAGCGGUAGAUUAUAUAACAAAUAACUCUGGAAAGUUAAGUAAUAUUAAGAAUGAAGAACAAUUAUAUUUAUAUUGUAACUAUAAACAAGCCACAAUUGGAGAUUGUAAUACAAAAGCACCACCAUUCUAUGACUAUAUAGGUAAAUCGAAAUGGAAUAGUUGGAAUUCAUUAAAAGGUGUUGAAAAAAUUGUUGCAAUGAAUAGUUAUAUAAGUUUAGUAAAUGCAUUAUCACCUGGAUGGGAUAGUAAUAUAAAAGUUGAACGAGCAACACAAAGUGUUUUUUUAAAUGAUGAAGAAUUUAAAGAAUUGGAAAAGAAAGAAAAAGAAGAAAAAGAAGAAUUAAAAAAAUUAGAAGAAGAAAAUGGUGGUGAAAUUGAAAAACCAAAAUCAAAAUGGAUGGGUCCAGUUUUAAGUAAAUUUUCAUUAGUAGAUGAUGAAACUUUAGAAAAAUUAGAAAAGAAUACUAAACAAGAUUUAGGAUAUUGGGUUAGUGUUAAUGAUAUUGAAAGAGUUAAAAAAGAAAUUGAAAAUGAUAAAAAUAUAAUUAAUGAAGUUGAUGAAGAUGGUAGAACAGCUUUAAUAUGGGCAUGUGAUAGAGGUUAUUUUGAAAUUGCAAAACUCUUAAUUGAAAAUGGUUCAAAUGUAAAUGUUCAAGAUGGUGAAGGAAUGACACCACUUCAUUAUGCAGUAGUUUGUGAUCAAUUUGAAAUUUGUAAACUUUUACUCUCUCAAUCAUCAAUUGAUAAAUCAAUUAAAGAUAAUUCUGACUCAAUUCCAUCUGAUUUUAUUGAUUCUUCAACAAGUGAAAAUAUUAAAUCUUUAUUUAAAUAG